UUUUUCUUCUGGAACAUACAUUUCAUGAUUGAUUAAUACGUAUACUCGUAUAAAAAAAAUAUUUGUUAUAUUUGUUUUGGAAGCGCUUGUUCAUCACUAGUCAAGCUUCUUAUGGACGUAAUUUGGAUGAAAGAGUUGUGAAUGUCAAAAUGUUAAAGUUCAGUGUUAAGCGGCGGCCUAGAAAGCUUAAAGGUGUGUGGACGGGUUGCGGAAGCGGGCCCUCUGAAAGAAUAAAAUAUCUACGGCAUUGGGUAGGCAAACUAAUUCGCGAUGAACGAAUCGAGGGUCGUGAGGAUCGGAUGAAUGAAACUCGUGGUUAUGCAGAACAGUUGAUUAGCCUGGCAAUUCAGAAUGGGGAGAACCAUCGGCCAACAAUGGAAAUGGCUACAAAAUGGUUUAAGGAGAAGGAGAUGACCUACAAACUGUUCAAGGUUCUAGUACCAAGGUACGAGAAUUACCAAACUUCAUUCACCCGGAUACAAAGGCUCCCAAUCGAAUACCCAGGCAAUCCUUAUUAUAACGUUGUCCUUGAACUGAAAGGCAACCCCUAUCCGUCCAUAUUCCCAGAGCAGAGAGACAAGGCUGGGCUUCUGAACAACAUAUUGAUUGAGGCAGCUAAAAAAGACUUCUAUAAUGAACAUCGACAAAGCCAAGUUGUGAGAGACUCCAUGGAAAGAGACAUUGUUGGGUUAGAACGGGACACUUUGCAAGUCAGAAUGGACAAGUCUGGUUCAGGAAAAGUUGAGAAUGUUAAGACUGGAAGUACUGAUGGUACUGAUGUUGAUAAACUGUGAAACAUUAGAAUUUUCUGUACACUGGUCGAUGAUUUAUUUUGUUGGCUGAGAACAAGUUCCAACUUUUAGGCUAAUAUAAAUUUGUCAUAAUGAUUAUGAACAUCAUGAUAUUUGGACUAUUUCAAUAUAAAUUUGUUAUAAUGAUUAUGAACAUCAUGAUAUUUGGACUAUUUCAAUAUAAAUUUGUCAUAAUGAUUAUGAACAUCAUGAUAUUUGGACUAUUUCAAUUGUGUAAUAAACAUAACACUUAAGGUA